AUGUCGAACUUGCCAUGCUAUGGUCAGUACUAUGAUUCUGCGAACCAAAGUACCAAAGUCCAGCACUCCCAGAACACAAAUCAGCCGUCCACGUCCGACAAUACCUACGCCGCCCGAGCUUCAAAUCCCCGUGUCGUGAGACAGCCAGGUCAAUCCCACUACGGCUCUUCUGGCUAUGACUGGAGAACACAGAACUCGACGAAUUAUGCCAACACUUCGCGACCAUCAGUGUAUCAGAACGAAUCGUGUAAUGAAAGCGGUGCGCGGAAUGGAUUUUAUGAACGACAAAUUCAAGCAAACAACUACUUGACGCAGCCUAAAACAAGUACAGGAACUGGUUCCUCUUACAGCUCAACGGGGUUGAACACACAGGGACUAAAUAACUUGGCUUACGCUGCGCGCCUUGACAGUGCGGAUGUGGCAGGUACAGGUCAUCAUGUGCAACGGUCGAGCGUCACGAGUGGUUCAACCCAUUCCGCUCAGCUCAUCGCAAAUACGUCACAGAGGCUACGAUCACCAGUCAAUCAGCAGACGAAUCAAUAUGGAGCCGGUCAUUCUGUGAAUUACCCCUACGCCUCCGAACUUCCUUCAGUCUCUCCUGGUCACGAUCAGUUGUCCACAGCUGCAGCUCUUGCUGGCACUGUGAGCCACCGCUACCAUCAAUCAUCUGGGUCUACGGGACAAUCUUCCAGCUCUCCUUCGAUAAAUAAUCCCAGGUCAGCGUUGUCUGCACCUCAACGCACCAAGUCGCCACCUCAUGCUGCGAGUCUCCCGGAGAAAGCACGCCAAUCUCCUGCUCUUCCGCAAGCAAACCUUGCAAGUUCAAAUACUGCAAACCAACGGCCGACCCAAAACCGACCACAAAGCUGGAAAAGCGGCCAGAAUAGAAUUCAACAACCAGCAAAUACUAGCGAAAAGCAGCUCAGUCAUCCGGUGAACAGUAUUUCUAACUUGGUCACCCAUACAGAUACCGAUGACAGUUUUCAUAUCCAGUAUACCACGUCACUCGAUGGACAAAGUGACAUGCUUGGUUAUGUUGACCCCGCCCAGGUGUUCAAUCCCUUCUAUAGAGAGCACGAACAAAGAAGAAAGGAGAUAGCUAGAGCGGAAGCCGAAGCCGAGGCGAGGAAGCACGCGGAGGCCCAAGCGCAGGCCGAAGCGGGUAAAAGGGCAGCAGAGGACGAAGCGGCUGCCUCCCUCGCACGAGAUAGUGAGAAGCAAGCAGCGAAGAAACUAGCUGCUAAGCAUAAGCCACAAAUUCAAGGAAAAGCCACUGAAUCAGACCAACCUCAAACUACUACACACGCUGGAGAUGCUCAGGUGUCAAACGACGAUGACAUGGCCAAUGAGUUGAAGUUGAUGAUGGUUAGGAUGAAAGAGAUUCAGUCCAAAGAUCCGUCGAUGUUUCAGAAACUAUUGGACAGCAUGCGUGGCUCGCGUUCAGGCACUGCUACAGGGCAAGUGUCGUCUCCUCAAACCACUCAGCAAUCGAUGAUACCACCUCAACAAAAGGCUACACCAGCGACCCAAAAUUCUACAUCGCAAGGUGCGAUAUCUGAAGCGGACUCUACCCCGAAGACACAAGAAUCCGAUCUAGCUAGAGCUAAUGGAUAUAUGGUUGUAGUGGAAAGCAAUCCCGAGGGACUUCCCGACCUUGGCCAGUUUCCGGCCCGAAGACGGAUUCCUCCUUCACGAAAGAAAGAAACCGACUCAGCGACACCAUCAAAACAGCCUGCGAACACGGAAAAGGCUGUCCCGGAUCAUUCUGUUCCAACUCCAGUAAGUGCUGGCCCACCUGCUAAAAUCGAUACUCCUGUAUCAACUUCGAUACCUGAUCCAGCACCGACUCCAGGACCUGCAUCUGGACCAAUGAACAGUGACAAGCCACCCCAGCCAGCGCCAUUAUCUCAGGGGCUACCUCCCAGGACUCUUAACGGAGGUACAAUCUGGCCAGAGGACAAGCGUGCAGCACUAGCAGAAGCUGCGGUGAGAUCGCUGAAAGAUUUCGCCCUCAAAGGAUUUCCUGGCAAUGCGGAUAUCGAGAUCACUACAGCAGAUAUCGACGCUAUUUUAAAGUCGAAUCCAAGUUAUAUUGACCUGUGUGAAACCUUGGAGAAGAAGGGCUUCAGGUUUCACCGAGGACAGUUUGCAAGGCAGCUUCUAGCAAAAGUUCCCUUUCUCAACACUCCUACGGCAGCUAAGAUACAACCACCUGUACACCCGGCUAUGCCGACCUACAUUUCACCGACUACUGCAGGAGGUCCGUCGUCGCCGCCAAACCUACCUACAUCUCCUGCCAUACCCGUUCAGGCUGUGCAUCUAUCUCAUGAAAAGCCUAUCCACCCGAUACCGCCAGGCCCUGGAUCCAUACAUCUUCCACCACCUCCUCCCCCAAGUCAGUUCCGUGCCGUCAAUGGAGAAUCCAUGCUCGUCAAGCCUGAAACGCGUAUUCCCGUUAUGCAGCAGUAUAAUACACCGCAACGACUGUCAAAAGGUCGGGCCUUUGUUCCAUCGCGCAAUGAGCCCCAAGUUGGCUCAAAAGAAGCAAUGGCCCGUAAGCGCGACUUUUCCGAAUUGAUUGACUUGACCGUUCUAAGUGACAAUGAGGAUUACGUGCUCUCCAAGAAGCAUGCUCGCACGGACAAUCCGCCAACAGAACUUGACUUAUUUCAGCAGUAUGAAAUUCAGAUGAGCUCUGCACCAACAUCCCAACGGGCAUUCGCAUCAGGACCCAUGCAACCUGGUCAGCCAUUAAGAUUUGAUCCCGCAGUGGGUCGGCUACCUCAAAUUUCUCUGAUGGAUAAUGCCUUAAAUGGCUCAAAAAUAGACUUAUCUGCCACAAAAAGCAGAAGGCUCGCCAAGGCCAUCAAUCGGGCUGAAGGGCUGCUGAAGAUCUACUACGACCCGAAGACAGUUGCUCGGGACAUUUUGAUUGCUGCUGGUCGACACCCUACAGAGCGACCCCUGAAUGCGCACAUGGCAGGACUUCUGGGAAGGCAUAUCGACAUUGACUCGGAUUUGGCGACAUUUGAUUGGGAUGCUAUAGAUCCUGGUGGCCCGCCAAUGCCUGUGGUGGAAUAUGCCAAUGUUGUAGGACCGCCUCAACAUCAACUUGGAGAUGUGAGAAAAGAGGUAGCGGGCUGCGUGCCUAAUUCAGACAAGCGCGAUGACCGAGCGUACUCGCCUAAUCACGUGCUUCCCGCACCUGCGCCCUUGACUUCUCUCCCUUCACAGUCACGGUUAAAACACCCAGAUAAAGCUGCCGAUUCUAGGGUCAAUAGACUUUCGGGUCUACGCAAUUCUCAGGUGCCAGGACCGGAUGUUGCACCGAAAACUUCUUCCACGAGUCGCCCACUGUCACAGCCGAAGUCCUCUCCUAAAAAGCUGUCAAGCCAGCCUCAACUCAUCAAUAAGCCGAAGAUGAUGACGAGCGACGCGCCCGUUACGAAGAGACGCGGGCGUCCCCCGGGAUCUAAGAGCAAGACCAUGUCGGUAGCUGCUAUGCAGCGUGCAGCGCGCCAAGUCACGUCCGUCACUUUACCUUCACUCUCAGGUCCUCACCUGCCCAUCUUUCGAUGUCGUUGGAAAGGUUGCAAGAGCCAUCUUCACAACAGUGAAACUCUUCAUCAACAUAUAUCCAAGGUUCACGGCCAACUGGAGGAGAAUAUUGAUGAAUAUGCCUGCUGGUGGAAAAAGUGCCGAUUUUUGGAAGAAGACUCAGAUGGGAUGUGGCUGCCCGUUCAGACAUUCCCGUCAAAAGAAAACUGGCUCAAGCACAUAGAGCAGGAUCAUAUCUACCCGAUUACCCUGAAGCAAGGAGAUGGACCCUCAACUAAACAUAUCGGUAAGCCCACAAAAUCAUCGCUGGAUGUGUCAAGAUUUCGUUUCCAUCCCCAACUUGCUUCAAAUACUAGAACAUUUUCUUACUUAGAUCCCCAGACGAUCCUCAUGGAUAGAACCCGCUACCUUUCCGACAAAGACGGCAGAACCACCACUCCUAUGGUGUCGGACCGAUCCAAUAAAUACCUCGAACGGGACACCAUGACACUCAUUGCAGCUAGCCAUGAGGACGCGGACCAAGCUGCGCAACGCAGCUUCAUCAGGACCCACCGGGAUGAUAAACGCAGCCCGAAGGCUAUUGCGGAAGAAACGCUACGUGCGUUGACAGCAAACAAGGCGAAAUUUGGACCGGGAAUGAAAGACGAAGGCUGUGUGUUAGCUCGAGAAUCGGUCAAAUCUCGACUUGUGCAAAAUCCGGGCAUUGUCAGGGUUACAGAAGCCGCCGAUUGA